AUGUUUUCCGUACCAGGAAAUAAAGGAGAUCCUAUUGCUGCGUAUAAACUUUUUGCGGAAAAACGUCCGGCAGAAAUGAACAGCGACGAUAGCCCAAUUUAUCUUGCUGUAAACAAUUUAAAGAAACCUGAAUCCGUUUCAUGUAAAGCUUGGUUUAAAAAAGCCCCAGCCGGGGUUAAUAAACUAAAUUCGAUAAUGAAGAACAUGGCUGCGAAAGCUGGACUUACUACCAAAUUUACCAACCACAUCGGAAGGAAAACAAUGAUACAGGCCUUGGUAAACCAAAACUUUCCACCAACAGACAUUAUUCAACUGUCGGGCCACAAGAACCUGCAGAGUGUUACUCAUUAUUCCACUGUCAACGAGUCACAGCAAAUGGAAAUGUCGAGAACUCUCAGUUCAGUUGCCACUGGAAAGCUGAGUCAUUUGUCUAACUUGACCACUGGAAACUCAGGGGUUGAAGUUCACUCGUCGACGAACAGACAGAAAACGACAAGCGAACACAAUGUCCAAGAACAACAUGCUAUGCCGGCGCUGUUUUCGAACGCAACGAUAAGUGGAGGCAGUAUAAAUAUAUCAAUAAAUACUCUCAAGCAGUCUCCAACACUAUCUAUAACAAAUGUGGAUAGCCCACCAAAAACAUACAAACGUUUAAAACUUCUGAGCGAUUCUGAGUCAGAUUGA